AUGGAUAUGCGUUGUCCCUCCACCCUGAACCCAUCAGAGUUCCCCUCAACCCCAACCCCCACCAGAGCUACCCUCCACCGCGACCAUCAACCCCCACAAGAGUUCCAUUCCACCCCGAACCGACCCCAACCAGAGUUCCCCUCAACCCAACGCCAACCAGAGUUCACCUCCACCCCAACCCCCACCAGAGUUUACCUCCACCCCAACCCCCACCAGAGUUCAUCUCCAACCCAACCCCCACCAGAGUUCAUCUCCAACCCAACCCCCACCAGAGUUCAACUCCACCCCAACCCCCACCAGAGUUUACCUCCAACCCCCACCAGAGUUAAACUCCAACCCAACCCCCACCAGAGUUCACCUCCACCCCAACCCCCACCAGAGUUUACCUCCACCCCAACCCCCACCAGAGUUCAUCUCCAACCCAACCCCCACCAGAGUUUACCUCCAACCCAACCCCCACCAGAGUUCAACUCCACCCCAACCCCCACCAGAGUUAAACUCCAACCCAUCCCCCACCAGAGUUUACCUCCAACCCAACCCCCACCAGAGUUUACCUCCAACCCAACCCCCACCAGAGUUAAUCUCCAACCCAACCCCUACCAGAUUUCACCUCCACCUCAACCCCCACCAGAGUUUACCUCCAACCCAACCCCCACCAGAGUUUACCUCCAACCCAACCCCCACCAGAGUUUACCUCCAACCCAACCCCUACCAGAUUUCACCUCCACCUCAACCCCCACCAGAGCUCCUUAA